AUGCGCGCCGGGACCGCCUGUCUGCUCCGCCUCAGCGCGCUCUGCCUCAUCCUGCACUCCCACACUGCAGCAGCUUACUUUGGGCUCACAGGUCGGGAGCCGCUGGCACUGUUACCGAGUCCGUACAGCAGUGAGUCUGCAGGAGGAAAAGCGCACAUAAAGCAGUGUGAGCAGAUGCAGUUGACUCGAAAGCAGAAGCGCGCAUGUCGGAGGGAACCGGGACUGGCGGACACGCUGCGGGAAUCUGUGCGCCUCAGCCUGCUCGAGUGUAAAUACCAGUUCCGCAACGAGCGCUGGAACUGCACCCUGGACGGCCAGGGAAGCCUCCUGAAGAGAGCUUUCAAGGAAACGGCCUUCCUUCUGGCCGUGUCCUCAGCGGCUUUGUCGCACGCGCUGGCCAAAGCCUGCAGCUCAGGACGCAUGGAGCGCUGCACGUGUGACGACUCGCCGGGCCUGCAGCAGCGAGAAGCGUGGCAGUGGGGAGUGUGUGGGGACAACCUGAAGUACAGCACCAGGUUCCUUAAGAAGUUCCUGGGCCAGAAACAAGCCAGCAAGGACCUGCGGGCUCAGGUCGAUACGCACAAUAUAAACGCUGGCAUCCGGGCUGUAAAGAAUGGACUGGUGACGACCUGCAAGUGUCACGGAGUCUCGGGCUCGUGUGCAGUACGGACGUGCUGGAAGCAGCUCUCGCCCUUUUACGUCACAGGCCAGCUGCUGAAACACCGCUAUGAUACAGCUGUGCGAGUCCUCAGCGUCACUAACGCUGCCACAGGAGACACCGAACUGGCCGGGCCAGCACGGCGAGGUGACGCGGCUCCCAGGCCUAACCCGACCGAGCUGGUCUUCCUGGAGGAGUCGCCCAGCUUCUGUCGGCCGUCACGGUACUCGCCCGGGACUGCUGGACGCUCGUGCGCGAAGGACACAAGCUGUGGGAGCCUGUGCUGCGGCCGGGGAUAUAACACUGCGCUGCGGCUCGUUACGUUCUCCUGCAACUGCCAGGUACGCUGGUGCUGCCACGUGGAGUGCCAGACCUGCCUCAGAGAGGAGGAGGUCUACACCUGCAAGAAGCACUAAGAGAGAGGUGGACAAAGACAUUAAAGAGAAACAAUGAGAGGUGUUUGGAUGAGGGAGUAAAUAAAAACUAAACAAAAGAGAUUAAAUACAAGGAGAUCUGGGUAAGAGACAGUAAAUCUCAAUGAUUGAAGAUCCUGUAGAUGGAUAGAUGGAUAGUUCACUCUCUCAAAACUCUGGCCUCUUGAACAAGUCUGGACGGAGAUGGAGCCCCAGGGCGAGGCUGUCCACAAGAGGAGAUGCAGUCCUGUCAUGGAAAACCAAAACACGUCAUGAAUUCCAUCUUGUUGCCCACUGAAGUUGCUUCAAGCGCACAAGAGCUGCUUAUUGAUGUCUCAGCAGGACUGAUCUUCAGCUUCUUUGAAUCUAACUGUCUUUCUACAUGUGCCUUAUUUUGCAGGACACCUAUAGUAGGUAAAGGGGUUGGUGAGAAGGUCAGAAGGUCGAACAUUGUGCAACCCAAAAGCAAUUUGUAAAGGGGAGCUGGCCGUGUUCCAGUGAUCCACCUUUUAACCCUCCGGUCUGUCUGCCUAAUUGCCUUGUAUGCAAGGAUCAAAGUGAGGAUCAAGUCGUAUGCUAAUCUUAUAAAGCACUUAUAUUCAUUAUCCUGUGAGUACUAAGUCGUGGUGGUUAAAACGUCCUGUGGUUG